AUGGCACCCAAGAAGAACAAGAGAACCGCCGACUCCAUCAACUCGCGCCUUGCGCUUGUGAUGAAGUCUGGCAAAGUCACUCUCGGCUACAAGUCAACGCUCAAGAGUCUGCGCACUGGAAAGGCCAAGCUCGUCAUCAUUGCCGGCAACACUCCUCCCCUGAGGAAGUCUGAGCUCGAGUACUACGCCAUGUUGUCCAAGACCUCUGUCCACCACUUCUCCGGCAACAACAUUGAGCUCGGUACCGCUUGCGGUAAGCUCUUCCGCUGCUCUGUCAUGUCCAUCCUCGAUGCUGGUGACUCCGACAUCUUGACCUCCAACCAGGAGAACUAG